AUGGGAAACAAGCAGGAGUCAGAAUUUCCUAUCCAACUGAACCUUGGACCUGCCAUUCGCCAAUGGUUUUACUCGCAACUCUUCAUAACUCCCUAUUACCCUACAGACUCUUUCGCUGGAAAGACGGUUAUAGUCACUGGUUCCAACGUCGGGCUAGGCUUGGAGGCCGCUCGUCACUUUUAUCGGCUCAACGCCGCGAAAGUCAUUCUCGCGGUUCGCACCGUCUCCAAGGGCCAGGCCGCCAAAGAAGACAUUCUCAGGAGUGUCACGUCACGAAACGAUGCUGAAGCCAUCGAGGUCUGGCCACUUGACCAGACCAGCAACCAAUCCACACUCGAGUUUUGCGAGCGUGUUCAGGAACAGCUGCCCCGUCUCGAUGCUGCGGUACUCAAUGCCGGCAUAAACACCAAAGAAUUUCGAGUAGUCGAUGGAUACGAGCAAGUCACACAGGUCAAUGUGCUCAAUACGUUUUUGUUGGCGCUAUCGCUACUCCCCAAGCUUCGGGACACCAAGGCAGAGUUCCCUGAUGCAACGCCUCAUUUGAGCAUUGUCAGCUCAGAGGCGCAUCAUCUUGCCAAAUUCGAUGAAAUCAAUGCUGCGAACCUCUACGAGCACUUAAAUAGUGAGGCCUCAUACAGCCAACAACCAAGAUACCAGGUCACCAAGCUUCUCGAAGUUCUCUUAGUCCGCGAAAUCGUCACCCGGCUAAAGCACAACUCCAACUUCACUGCGCAUCCCACAACUAUCAAUUUGGUGAACCCUGGACUCUGUUACAGUGCUAUUAAUCGCAGCGGUGUUAAGCCUCCGCUUUUGAUCCGUCUCAUCUACAAGAUGCUCGCGCGCACGACUGAAGUGGGCGGUCGGUGCCUUGUGCUCGCUGCCGCUGCGCCAGAUAGUUCUCAUGGUGAAUGCCAGAGUGACGGGAAGAACCAAGAUGUUGCGCCUUGGAUUUAUACUACCGUGGGUGAGAAAGCACAGAAGAAAGCUUGGGAACAAACUGCGGUGAUUUUGGAACAGAGGAAACCGGGCAUUUUGAAAGCUGCAGGACUGUGA